AUGGCCGGCAAUGGUCAGGAUCCGAUCCAAGUCACUUACCCUCGCCGUCCUGCUGCCAGCAGUAGCAAGCCAAAAGCUCCGCCUCAACCAGCGCUAACCACUCACCAAACCCCAAGACUGCAGACUGACUGCGACAACGACUACUUCCCACUCAGCAGCUGCAGCAACCCCAGCGACACAUUCCUCAACUACUUCCAACCCUCAGCCUACCAGAUGAACGCGAAUAAGCCCUAA